UCCCUCUCUCUCUGCUUCAUUAGAGAUCAUGUCAGGAUGGGAGGAUGAUGAAGAUGAUGGCUCUCCGGGUUUCUCUCCGUGAGCUGCGGGCUCAUCUUCUUCUUCAUCACUGAAGACUGAUAGAGAGGAUGAAGAGCGAGUGACUGAAUGAACGCGCUGUCUGUACCUUCCAGAAGUCCAGAUGGAGCAGGAUGUCGAGAGCACCGUCACGGUCCGACAGCCCAAGCUGCCCAAGAAGACAUGGGACGACGUCCCCAAACCUCUGCAGGACAGGGAGCGUGUCAAGCAGAAGAUCCAGCGCUACGUCCGCAAAGACGGCAAGUGUAACGUGCAUCACGGAAACGUGCGGGAGACCUACCGCUACCUGACAGACAUCUUCACCACGCUGGUGGACCUCAAGUGGAGGUUCAAUCUGUUCAUCUUCGUGCUGGUUUACACCGUGACGUGGCUGUUCUUCGGCUUCAUGUGGUGGCUGAUCGCUUACAUACGAGGAGAUCUGGAGCACAUAGGAGACAACCAGUGGACUCCUUGCGUCAACAACCUCAACGGCUUCGUAUCAGCGUUUUUGUUCUCGAUAGAGACGGAGACGACCAUCGGCUACGGCCACAGGGUGAUCACUGACAAGUGUCCCGAGGGCAUCGUGCUGCUGCUGGUGCAGUCGGUGCUGGGAUCCAUCGUCAACGCCUUCAUGGUGGGCUGCAUGUUCGUGAAGAUCUCACAGCCCAAGAAGCGAGCAGAGACUCUGGUGUUCUCCACAAACGCAGUCAUCUCCAUGCGUGACGGUCGGCUUUGUCUGAUGUUUCGCGUCGGAGACCUGCGGAACUCACACAUCGUGGAGGCGUCUAUUAGAGCCAAACUGAUCAAGUCCAAACAGACCAAGGAGGGAGAGUUCAUCCCUCUCAAUCAGACGGACAUGAACGUGGGCUACGACACCGGAGACGACCGGCUCUUCCUGGUGUCUCCGCUCAUCAUCUGCCACGAGAUCAAUGAGCACAGCCCCUUCUGGGAGAUCUCCAGAGAGCACCUGGCCCACGAGGAGCUGGAGAUCGUGGUGAUCCUGGAGGGCAUGGUGGAGGCCACAGGCAUGACCUGUCAGGCGCGCAGCUCGUAUGUGGCCAGCGAGAUCAAGUGGGGCUACCGCUUCACCCCCGUCCUGACCCUGGAGGACGGUUUCUACGAGGUCGACUACAACAGCUUCCACGACAUCUACGAGACCAACACUCCCAGCUGCAGCGCGCGAGAGCUGGCGGAGAUGACGGCGCGCUCUCGUCUUCCUCUGACCUGGUCAGUGUCCAGCAGACUGAGCGCACAGGGCCUGAGGAGCAGCGAGGACGAGGAGCUGCUGGAGAGGAACGGAGACCUCGCCAACAUGGAGAGCGAGUCCAAAGUGUAGGAGCACACACACAUCUCUCCUCGCCUCUGCGCCGCCGGACGCUCAGCUGAGGUCAGAGGUCAGAGGUCAGCUCAGGAAAGCGCCCCGAGGCGGGACACGGACCCCAUCUCUCACGCUUCUCUUUCUCUCGCCCGAAGGAUGAGCUCGGGUGACUGCAUGGUUCCCGAAACCAGUUUUUUCUUAAAGAUAAGAAAUGAUAUUUUCAGAUUUUUAAUUCAAAGAUAAAACCUAUAUAUGUAUAUGAAUAUAUAUAUAGAUCUAUUCUAGGGCAUUUGUAUUUUUUGUAUAUAUCUGUUGGGUUGUUUGAUACGACACAGAGUCGUGUAUUUUGCCUUCUGGGACAGCGACAGACAUAUUUCUCCGCGCAUGUACAGACGGUCCUGUAGUGGACUGACUCUGAUGGACAUAGUCUCAGUCCUGUAGACCGUACUCACAGACUCACAGGAGAUGUGUUCGGAUGCAGAAGAGGACGGCCAUGCACUCGUGCUGCAGGGGAUUGUGGGGCUGAUGAUGGUGUGUGUGUGUGUGUGUGUGUGUGUGUGUAAACAUGCAUGUGUGCUCCAAUAACCUUCUGUACCCUCAUCAUCCCGGAGCUUUCUCUGCUUUAACUCAUACUCAUGACUGGAUGAAGAACUGCAGAUGGACCUGAGACGUCUGCGAGCGUUCGUUUGCGUGAGUCUCUCUUCUGUGUUUGUUUGUGUUCGUUUGGUCGAACAGAAGCAGUAGAUCUGAGUUUGACCACGAGACACACGAGACCAAAGAGCCGAACCCUCACAUCACUAACGAUUACAGCGCGUGAACCCUACCGAUGUAUUUCAUUUCACGCAGAUGUCAACGGGGCUGUCGCUCUGCAUUUCUAAUCAAAAACAUCCGAGAGAGAUUUAUUGACAGAUAAUAGUGUAGUGUGAAAAGAACAGUGAUCUGACUUUAACUCUUUCCCCGCCAGUGUUUUUGAUCAUUUUCAUGACCCCAGAUUAUUUUAUUGUAUGAACAUGCAGUGCAUCGAAAUAAAGAACAGAGCCUCUCCUUUAAACAACCUCCAUGCCUCCAUGUGUAACAGCGAAAGCAGCAGAAUCUGACAUCACUAUACGCGUCAUUUUAUUUCACUGUAACAAUAUAUUUAUAUCACAAUAUAGUUAUUUUUGCUUUAAAUAAGGUCUUUAUGAUAUCAAUAUUUUUGUUACCAUAGAAAUGUCAUAAAUCUUGUCACCAGUGUCAGUUCUCUCAGACGGCGCACACCUAUUAAAAUCAGUUGUUUUUAACCCUCAGUGCUCGAGACGCCCCCCCGAUUCCAUCAGUGGCAGUGAAAGAGUUAAAGGAUGUGUACUGUGUGUGCAGCAUCAGCAGCUAACAGAGAACGCUCUCUCAAAGUUACAUUCUUACAGCGUCGUUAACAGAAUGAUCUGGUCUUUAAUAAUGUGCACAAAAACCUUAUAAUACAUCAUUCAUGGAACAUUUUAUUUCUGAAAAGAUUUAGUUUGACUUUUUUUUGCUACUUGUUUCAGAGAACAUUCACAAGUAACGUUCCCCUAAUGUUUGCAAAAUGAUAAAAUACUAUAUAUUCCUAUUUAAUAUUUGCAUAAUCAAGAAAAAACGUUUUUGAAACAUUUAAAAAAGCAAAUUUUCAACAUGUAAAAAGCACUGAGAAAUAACAUUUUCAUAACUUCAUGGGAACAUUGGCAAAAAUAAACUUCUUUUUUCUCUCUUUUUUCAAACUAGAUUUAAUAUAUUAAACAUAUCUGUAAACCAGAUCCUGAAUGUUCAGAAUGACACGCUAACAUGUCUGAAAGUAAACAGCAGAGCACACUGUAUCCCACAAUGCACUGUGAUGAAGCUGUGUUUGGAUCAGGCUCGCAGCAGAUUGAAUUAUAAACACAGAAUGAGCAGUUUAAUUGAGUAACUGUGAGGUGAUGUGACAGCAGUGAUGACCGUUUGACCAUCGAUGAGUCCAGCCUCGUUUUCAUUCUCGUCCAAUCAAAUACAUCACCGUCCAGAUCCUGUGCAAACCUUUCACCUCACAGGAGUUUAUAUCUCAAAAUAAAAUAUUUUUAUCAGACUUUUGAGUUUUAUAUCUCAGUUUUAGGACUUUAUUUCUAAGAAUUGCACAUUUGUGUCUCAACAUUUUUCUCCAAAUUGUUUGUUUAUAUCUCAAAAUGUGGACUCGUUUUCUCACUGUUGUGGGUUUUUCCCCUAUAUUGUUAGUUUAUUACUCAAAAUUUUGUGAAUUUACAAUAAAUCCCCAAAUUCUGACUUGUUUCCCUCACAAUGGUGAGUUUCUACAUCCUAAUUCUCAUGAGUGUGACUAAAGUAGCUCCCUUAGUGAUAUUUUCUUCUGCGGCAGAAACAAGCUUCCCCAGGUUUCUCCUGUGACGGGGUUCAGAUGCUGAUGAAUGAACCGCUGGAUGAAGAACCAGACCGAGCUCUUUCUGAGAGUCCUUCAGUAAUCCUCCGUAAAGACUGGAACAUUCUGCGCUCCGUACGUUUGAUGAAGUGCCCUUUAAAACACCCUGCGGAUAUAUGAAGCCAUUCAAACAUCACAUCAGAUCCACCGGGACGUCCUUUCACUCCAGAAAUAUGAAAUCAGGAAUAUGAACAUUUUAAUGUCUUCAGAUCCUUCUCUAAAGAUUAUUUCACAAGCCAUAAUAUGGUGCAUUAUACACAGUGUUUAUUCAGAUUUAACACAGUCAUUCUGAUUUUCUUGUUGAUUUAGAUAAUUACUCUGUGUCACAAGAAGCUCAUUAAUAAACCAUAUCUAAAUAUU